AUGACGGCGCCCACGCCCACCCUUGAAGGGCUGCCGGAGGAGGUGCUCUGUGAGAUAGCUGAGCAAAUCGAAGCGGACUACUGUUACGAAACAACGCCCUGGGUAUCCCACAAGCAAGACCUUUGUUCACUUCGCCUCACUUCACGCGCUAUUGCUGCGAAACUCAACUACAUCUUCGCAAAACAACACUUUAGAGAAGCGCCUAUCACGUUUACUCUCUUUCGACUGGAGCAGCUGGUCAGCAUUCCACGGAGCACCUUUGCUCCUUCUGUGAAGACAGUUUUGCUCUCUACUGUCUUCUACAGCAAUGAAGAGGUACAGCAAUUACAACAAGCCUUGAACGGCGAAGGAGUCCACAAAAUGCCGCACCUGCAUAUGCACCGUCGCCUUAAGGCCCUGCGAGAAGUGGCAUCCGACAUCUCACAAAAACACAACGGUGAUGAUCACCUCCAUCUUCUAGCUUUGGCGCUCCGCAACCUCAAAAACCUAGAAGCGAUUCAGUUGUACGUGAACUCCAAUGUUGACCUACGUCAGCCUAUGGGUGCAAAUUACAAACCCAGCAAGCCUCUAUCUCAUUGGCAAGUACAUACUCCGCUGUCGGCCAUGACGGCUUCUGGUACAAGGCCUCGAAAGCUCCUGAUAUGGGAUGGAGGUUACUCUGGCGCGGACGACACGAUCGGUCCAAAGAAUGACCUUCCAGCUAACCUUGAAGCUUUCCCGAGUCUUGAUAUGCUUAUUGGAAUCGCAAUGAUUCUGGCUCUUUACGUCGUAUGCGGACCAUACUAG